AAUUAUCUUUAAGUGACAUUGACACAAAAAAAAACACCAGUGACAAGUUGUUAUAUUUUGUUAUCAUUGUUGAAUUAAGUAGCUAGAAUUUUAAACAAUUAAUUAACUUCAAUAAAAAAUGUCAUACAUUUUUUUAAGAAAAACCUUCAACUCCAAUCGAUCGAGACUUCAGGAGAAAUUGACUCUGCUGGUUCUUCUUCAACAAACGAGAGAUCAAUCAACAGAAAGAAAAUCAAAUACUGCCGUCGAUUAUGAAUUUAUUCAUAAAAGUAAAAUACCAACAAUGCAUUUUCAGGCAUCAUUGCCACGAUUACCAAUUCCAAAAUUGGAAGACACAUGUCAAAGAUAUUUGAACGCACAAAAACCUUUAUUGACUGAUGAACAAUUUGCAAAGACAAAAUCUUAUGUAGAUCAUUUUUUGAAAAAUGAAGGACAAACAUUUCAAAAUGAAUUAAUAGCAACGGAUAAAAAAAAUCGACACACUAGUUAUAUUAGUGAAUAUUGGUAUGAUAUGUAUUUAAGAGAUCGUAAACCAUUGCCAAUAAAUUAUAAUCCAAUUUUAGUUUAUAAUCAAGAAACUGAUGAACGUUAUAAUGAUCAAUUGGUAAAAGCAACAAAUCUUAUUGUUUCUUCAAUUCGAUUUAUGAAAUCGCUACGAGCUGAAGUUUUAGAACCAGAAGUUUUUCAUUUAAAUCCUAAAAAAUCGAAUACAGAAUUAUUUCGUAAAGUUACAGGAAUGUUACCAUCAUGGAUUUCUUGGUAUGGAGCUUAUGCUUUUAAGGCUUUUCCAUUGGAUAUGUCACAAUAUGCAAAUUUAUUUAAUUCAACGAGAAUUCCUCAAUUGGUGAAAGAUCGAAUUUAUUUGGAUAAAUCAGCUCGUCAUUUAGUUGUAAUGAGGGGAGGAAAUUUUUAUUCAUUUGACGUAUUAAAUUCCGAUGGUACACUAGUGACACCGAAGAAAAUUGCAGCAAAUUUAAAUUUUAUUCUUCAAGAUAAAAAGGAGAUAACAAAAAAUCCUAUUGGAAUUUUAACUGGCGCUGAAAGAGAUCAAUGGGCAGAAGCGAGAGAACAUCUUUCAAAAAUUGGAAACGAUGAUAUUCUCAAAAAAAUUGAUUCAGCUGCAUUUGUUUUAAUUUUAGAUGAUGAAACUAUUGGUGAAGAAUAUAAAAAACUCGUACAUCAUUUUCUUCAUGGUGAUGGAAAAAAUCGAUGGUUUGAUAAAUCAUUUUCUCUUAUUAUCACAAAAGAUGGUUAUGCUGGUGUGAAUUUUGAACAUUCUUGGGGUGACGGAGUUGCUAUUCUUAGAUAUUUUCAAGACAUUAAAGCAGACAUUUCUAAACAUUUAUGGUUUCGACCUGAGGAUAGAGUUUUAAUAUCAAAUAUAAAUCCAGACGUGGAAUCAUUAGAAUUUAAAUUAGAUGAAAAAGUGAAAAAUGUAAUUCAAUUAGAGGGGAAAAAAUAUAAGGAAUGGACAGAUUCAUUAAGUGUUGAUUAUAUGAUAUAUGAAGGAUUUGGUAAAGAUGAAGUUAAAAAAUUUGGCAUCAGUCCCGAUGCAAUAAUGCAAUUAACAUUUCAAUUGGCAUUUUAUAAACAAGAAGGAAAAAGUGUUGCAAGUUAUGAAUCAUGUAGUACUGCCGCUUUUAAACAUGGACGCACAGAAACAGUGAGACCUUGUACGGAACAAACAAAAAAUGUUUGUUCAAUUUUAGCUGAUAAAUCGACAAAAAUUUCUAAUGCCGAAUUGAAAAAAAUGAUUAUUGAUUGUAGUAAGGCACAUACUGAACUUGUGAAAAAUGGCGCAAUGGGUCAAGGUUUUGAUAGACAUCUUUUUGCAUUAAGAAAAAUGCAAGAGGAAUUUGGUGAGAAUAAAUCGGCGCUUUUUGAAGAUCCAGCGUUUUCAGCAAUAAAUUAUAAUAUUAUAUCCACGUCAACAUUAUCAACACCAAUUUUGUUAGCCGGUGGAUUUGGGCCAGUUGUUCCUGACGGUUACGGAAUUGGAUAUAUGAUUCAGGAUAAAAGAUUAGGUGCAGUUGUAACAAGUUAUUCACAGCAUAGAAAAGCAAGUGAAUAUGUUAAAAAUCUUCAAGCAGCAAUUGAAGAUCUUCAUAGAGUGAUGAUUUCGCCUUAAAAAAUUUUAUUAAAAAGAGACUCGAUCAUGUUGAUCUAAAUAUUUCUUUUUAAAUUGUCAAUUUAUGAACUUUAUAAAAAGUUCUUGGGAAAUAAUUUAUUAUAUAGCCAAUAGAAUAUUUUUUGACACUAUAUAGAAAAAGUUUUACUGUUAUACAAUUUGUUAUACAUACUUUUUUAUAUAUAUAUAACGACUUUAUACAGAGUUUUUAUAAAUUUUUAAAAUAAAUUAUAUACAUAUUUUA